GACCACAAACCCACAACACAUCAUGGGAACAGGUUGGAAACUAUCACCUGCAUUGCGAGAACAGCUAUACCGAUAUGCUGGGUAUAAGCAGACCUCUAUUUCCUUGCGACAGAUGGUCCAGUUUGGCCCGAAUCCCAGUCCUGGUUCUCUCUUCCUUGCGUCUCAAUUCAUCGUUGAAGAAUUACCUAUCAGACUAGCCCUCAAAGUGAAGGACCUUGAAAAUGCUCCUUUGGGUCUUUGUAACAUGCCUUCCACCAUCAAAGUUCAGAAUUGGUACGCCCAGAGUUUUGAGGAGUUGGUCAAUCUCCCCAAACCCACUGUCUCUGAAGAACUCCAGCGCCUAUUGAACCAAAACGGCAACGCCCGCCGAGUGUCAGAGAACCAGAUUCUUCACGAAGACAAUUCGGUCUUGGAAGAGAAACAGAACCCUGUACAUGAAGAGCUUAACAAUCCUGCCAUCAAUAAUGUGUUUAGUGACGACGGUAUAAUUAUUCGGCACCCAUCAUCCAGUAGUGCUGGUGCCAAUGCUAGCUCUGCAGCUGUCUCCUCCAGGUCCAUGUCGGAGUCGCCUACUUUUGGUAAAACCUACUACACACCUACCGCCAUGAAUGCGGUGUGGCCCAAGGAAGUGUAUGAUUACAAUAAAUUAGUGCACGAUGCGCUCUCCAAGAUCAAGAAACGGCAUGAUGCUACUGUCGCUACUAUGGCCCAGGGUGUUCAGGAGUGGAAAAAUGAAAAUAAGACAGUGUUUGUGAACUCGUCCAUUCAGACGUUUUUGGACCGGUUUUACAUGUCCCGUAUUGGGAUUCGUAUGCUCAUUGGGCAGCACCUUUCGCUUCAUAUGGCCCAACAGAAACCCAAGUCUAAAUUUGCUGGUCUCAUGAAUGGUACCAGCGGUGGCUCUGGAAGUAUGAAGGCUAAGAGUAAUUACGUGGGGGUGAUUUGCACCGACUGUAACGUGGGGGAAAUUGCCGAAGAUGCCAUUGAAACUGCAAAGUACAUCUGUGAAGAGUAUUACGGAUUAUUUGAUUGUCCCGAAAUCCAAUUGAUUUUGACUAAAAACGAAAUCCAGUUUAUGUAUGUUCCAGGUCACUUGAUCCAUAUGCUCUUUGAGACAUUGAAAAAUAGUCUAAGAGCCACCAUUGAGUUCCAUACUCCGCGACUUAAACAGAAGAUGAUCGAGAAGAACCCCGACUUGAAACCCGAAGACAUCGAUAUCAAUGAUCUUAAGUUCCCUCCUGUUAAGGUGAUUAUCAGUGAAGGUAGCGAAGAUAUCGCUGUGAAGAUUAGUGAUGAAGGUGGUGGAAUCCCGCGGAGUGAAAUCCCGUUGAUCUGGACUUACUUAUACACUACCGUCUCGCAGACCCCAGUGUUGGAUUCGGAAUAUAACCAAACAUCAUUUAAAGCACCCAUGGCUGGGUUUGGGUACGGAUUACCUAUUUCUCGACUCUAUGCCCAAUACUUCGGGGGAGACUUAAAGUUGAUUUCCAUGGAAGGCUACGGAACUGACGUGUACUUGCAUUUGAAUCGGUUAUCUAGUUCGUCUGAGCCGCUUCCAUAAGAUUUGCAGCCAUUUCACGAGUGUACGACCAAACAGAACAAUAUACAACUAGAAAAUCAUAGAG